AUGUACCGAGGCUCGAUAGAAGAAGAGUUUGAUCGCCUCCCACUGCUCAGCCGACAAAGUGAUGGUAGCAACAUGGACGCAUUGAGUAUGAGAGCCAAGGAUAUUCAACGGCGAUUCUACGACCAUAUUCUCGAGCAAUUUGAGAGAUUGCAAAAAGUUGACCCAACAGAACGAACCGACUACCACUUUGACCCGGUGUUAGCCAAGCUGCGUAAGCUGCGCGAGGGCAUAACUUCGACCGGCGUGUAUGAUGAGUUCGCCGCAAAUGUGUACGAAACAUCCGUGGACGUCUGUCUGCUUGCGAAGAAUUUUGCAGAACUGCUCAAGUCGUUGGUUCAAAUCUUGGGAACAGUCUAUCCAAGGAUCAUUGGGGAUAAACAGCGGGUUCCGGACCUGAUCUGGUGCACCAAAUGUCAGCGGGACCGGCCAAUAUCUUCUUUCGCAGGUUCAGAGCAAGAAAGAGCUUCUGCUGCGAUGGAAUACGGGCGACAGCGGAGGGUAAGGGGACCGACAAGCGAUUCAGAACCAGAGGCUGUGACAAUAAGCCGGUUCCAGACGUUUUGCAGUGACUGUUCUUCCGGGGAGCGAAAGGAAGACCUCCUCUCCCGCAGAGCGGAACUGACUGGUUACAUGCUUCUCUAUCUGAUAUGCUAUACGGCAAGGGGACCAAAAUGCUACGGGGACGCAAACAAAGUGAUGGAGUAUUACCGGGAACUGCCGACCGACCUUCAACGGGACCAAAAUGUUACUUUUGCUCUCAGCGUAUUCAAAGCCCUGCAUGCUGACAUUGAUUACGUAUCACUGGCACAUCUGUGGCAUGAGGCAUCAACAAAUCAGCAAACCCUUCUUCAGACUGUUUGGCCUUUGGCGCGACAACGAAUAUAUGACGUUUUAAGUAGAGCCUAUUAUACAUAUCCCGAGAAACAACUUCGCUUGUCGUUAAGGUUGGAAGUACAGGACCAAUUUACAGACUUUAUGCGUAAGCAGAUAGGGUCAGACUCGGUUGCGUCGAGAAUAAACAAUGGAACUGUUCAACUUCGUGUACCAAAGAGAGUAAAACAGAGAUAG